GCGCGCAGGCUGUUGGCCACAGAGAGAUGGGCUAGGACAAUACGUAGCUGAGUGGCUCCAAUAUAAUUCAUUCAUCAUUGUAGUGUGUGAGUGUGUGUGUGAGAGAGAGAGAGAGUAGUGGGGAGGGUGUGUGUGUGUGUGUGUGUGUGUGUGUAUCAGACGGUAUUCCUGCUCGUCUCGCUCCACCAGUUAAGUUAAAUCAGAGGCAGUCACUGGCACACUGCGGUGGUCUCUCUGUCUGCCCUGCACUGAAAGCAUCAACAGCCUCCUGGUUCAGCACCACAGACGACUGGAUCUGCUUCCUGAUAAACACAUCCCUGCGCUCCCUAAAAAUCCUCGUUUAUGAAGAAUUUAAUCCAGAGAGAGGCAGGGAGAAAGGAGAGAUGGUGAAGAGAACAUGGUGGCUGUGGAGCAGCGUGGAAAGGACUCGCUGAGGCCCUCGCCCAGGGCCUGUUUCAGUCACCACAGACGCACCCUGCCGACAGGGCCCCCUGUUUAAAAGUCCCGGGAUUUGGCACUAAAAAGGGAAAAUGCAGAAUAUAACGGCAGGAGCGACAGAAGGGAUAGCUCUGACAUGCGGCAUGUCUGGAAGCCAUGAAAUCAUCUUCACCCUGGUGCCCAUCGUGUACGGCUGUAACUUCGUCAUUGGAAUUGUCGGAAACAGUAUGGUAGUGGCUGUCAUCUACUGCUACAUGAAGCUCAAGACGGUGGCCAACAUUUUUGUGCUCAAUCUUGCUGUUUCAGACCUCACCUUCCUCAUCACUCUGCCCAUGUGGGCCACCUUCACCGCCACGGGCUAUCACUGGCCCUUUGGAGGAUUCCUGUGCAAGGCCAGUGCAGGACUGGUGAUUUUUAACCUGUACACCAGCAUCUUUUUCCUCACAGCACUCAGCAUUGACCGUUACCUUGCCAUCGUCCAUCCAGUGCGAUCACGCAGGUUCCGCACUGUGGUUUACGCACGUAUCACCUGUAUGAUGAUUUGGCUUUUUGCCUUCGUGCUUAGUGUGCCCACAGCACUGACCAGGGAUAUCCACAACAUCACAAACUCUAACAACACAGUGUGUGGUAUUCUGCACCCAAACAUUGAAAAUGCCAUAAGGUUGAAGGAGGUCCUGCUGGCCAUCAGCCUGAUGAAAAGCCUAUUGGGCUUCCUGGUGCCUUUCUUCGUCAUCAUCACCUGUUACUGCCUCAUAGGACAGGCACUGCUGGGGGCGAGACACAUCCAGAAAAGUACCCGUUCCCGGGAUGACGAGGUACUGCGUAUGCUUGCAGCAGCUGUCCUGGCCUUUUUCCUGUGCUGGGUGCCCCAUCAGGUGUUCCACUUAAUGCAGGUGCUCACCCAGCUGAUACUGGUGGAGAACUGUGCCAUGCUGGAAAUCAUUGACACUGCUAUGCCCUUCACCAUUUGCAUUGCCUACUUCAACAGCUGCGUUAACCCUAUUGUGUACGGUUUUGUUGGGCGCAACUUUCGCAAAAAAUUACUGCGUCUGCUGCGCUGUUCGCCAGGAGGAGCCACAGGGCCUCACCCGAGCAUCAGCUCCAAGAUAAGCGCUCACUCUUUUCGGGCCUCUGAGGCCCUGAGCCUCACAGUCAAAAGUAAGGCCUCCUCUGAUGUUAAGUGAAAAAAAAUAAAACAAAGAGGGUACAAUUUCGCUCUCCCUGCUCUUUUGGUCUGUGGUUAAGAGGCCAGGGACGGAGACAUUCCAUGCCUUUAAAACCCCAACUGUAUUACCAAGCACUGAACCAUGCAGAAUUGUUGAAAUGUUGUCUUCAUGUUCCUCUGAGAGUGAGUCUAAGUGACAUUCACUACCUUUUACAAUGCAUAUCUGCAGAAUAAUUAUUCAUAAACCAUCACAUGUUACACAACACUAAUGCUUGUCACAUUCAGAUGCUGGAAAUCUUUCCCUGUAAGCCUGUGAAAUGAAUAUCAGUGUGGCAUAAGUAAUAAACAAUAUGGUGAAGUAAAAAAAAAAAGUCCAGGAAUAAACUAAUAGUGUAUUGCCCUAAUUACAAAUCGCUUAUCCCAUUAUUUAUAUAAUGCAUGUACUGCAGGAUUUGGUCGGCAUUGUGCCUUAAGGUUACAGUAAUAUAUCGUCCAGUGAUAACCGUUCUGUGUGCUCAGCAGGUCGUUCACCAGUUGGAACAGUGAUCAAGUGCUCAACAAUGAUGCCAAAGCUAAAAAAAAGAAAAUCAUAAGCUACCCAUGCUUGCUCUGCCAGCAGCUAUAUACAUGGAACAAGUGGAAAAGUGUAGCAAAAAUGCGAUGUAAUAUUAUGUCAUCUAAUAACAUAUUUGACUACUAUACCUAGUGCCUGUAUGCUACGUGUGGUAAUGUCAAAUUAUGAAUUACGUGAAAAUGUAUAAGAAGUGUUUGUAUAAUAAGAUUUAAAUGAUGAAAUGUUGCCUAGCCUGGGAGUAACAUGCUGUAUGAAUAAGAGUGCUACACAAACACUCCAGGUAGGGUGAUCGGUGUCAGUAUAUGAGAUGCUUGUCUUUGUGGUAUUUAAACAUGUUGAUAGAUGUUUUUUUCCCCUACUCUGUAAGUGUACAGUUUGUGAAUAUAUAAAAAUAUGAAUAAAAUGAAAACAAUCCAGUCUUAA